UUUUCGCGGGAGACGUUCGAAAAUGGGUUUUGUGCAAUAGAUGGGUGAAGUGAGCUGUUUCACGGGGUUUCCGGGGAGUAAGGAGGGUUAGGCUGGAGUUUUGAGCGAGAGGUGGUGUCACUGAUUUUGGCGCGACUGGACGAAGGAAUUUGCUCCGCCAGAAGCGGACCGGUAAGGAAGCCGUGUGGAACCAGGAUUGGAUCACAGGGUUCUCGGACAACUUGUGAUAUAAAUUGUUGAAUGACCACUGAUUAUUUUCUGGACCUGACUAUAUAAUUUCAGAAGAAACAAUGGAAAGCCAAGAAUUUAUUGUACUAUAUACUCAUCAAAAGAUGAAGAAGUCAAAAGUGUGGCAAGAUGGAAUUCUGAAGAUCACUCACUUAGGAAACAAAGCAAUUCUAUACGAUGACAAAGGAGAAUGUUUGGAGAGUUUAUUUCUUAAGUGCCUUGAGGUGAAACCUGGAGAUGAUUUAGAAAGUGAUCGAUACUUAAUCACAGUUGAGGAGGUUAAAGUUACUGGAAACACAGCUGUCAAACAGGAUGUUGUUAAAGAAGCACCAGCAUUGAAUUCAAAGAGGUUUAUAUCUUCUGGCCGGUCCCUUGGGUGUCAGCCUGCUGGUUUAAAAAGGAAGUUUGCUGGUUUUCAAGGACCACGUCAAGUGCCGAAGAAAAUGGUUAUUACAGAAAAUAAUGAAUCGGCUGUUUCAUUUGAAGCUAAGAAACCUGGUCCUAUUUUUCUUUCUCCAUUCUACAGCACACCUCCUUUGUUUUCUACAGUUGGCAAGAAAGAUAUAAAUAAUAUACCAACAGACCCUGAGAACAUUGUCACUUACAAGAACAGAGAGAGAAAUGGCAUACCUUUUUCUUCACUUGUCUCUACUUCGUCCUUCAAGGUUAACCCAGAAAUGCUAUGUGAAGAAAAUUAUUUUUGCUCUCCUGUCAGUUUUGUAAAUAAGCAUUCAGAUUCUUUACUGACCAAUGAGCCCAUGAAAAGAGAUAGUUUUGUAUCUCACUGUUUAGGAGUUUCACAAAAUAUUAGAAGCAAAGCCCAAAUAUUAGCUCUUCUGAAGUCCAAAUCAACUAGUACGUCUAAGGAACUAAAUUCUGAGAUUACAGGACAUUUCCCUCAGAUGCAACCACAAGGAAGUUUAAAAAUUCCUACUAAACCAAAGUGCUUAAUUGAACAAGAAGAGUAUGCUGAGGUGAAGAGCACAGAAAGUUUACGCUACCAGCAUCAAUCAGAAAAUACCAUGAGAAAUAAAAGCCGGUGGGCCAUGUAUUUAUCCUCACAGAGUUCGCCUAUACAUUCCUCUACGGUAGAUGGAAAUGAUAUAGAAAAAAAACCCAAGGCCCAAGUUGGUAAUUUAAACUUGAAAGACCUUUUGGUGCAAAAAAGGAUACAGUUCUUUGAAACAGGUGCUGAAAAUGGAAAAAACUAUAACGAAGACAAGCCAGUAGAUGAUAAUGAUCAGACCUGGGAUCAAGAAGGAAAAUUAGAAAUUCCUUCAUUCUGUGAAAGCAGCGGCUUACCAGUUACCUGUAGUAACGCAGAAAAUGAUGGCUUGUUAUCAGAAUCUGACAUUCAAAAAAAUAAUAAAAGACCUCUUAAUCAAAAUGACCAGAUGGGCAUAAAAGGGUCAAUUCUCAUUAGAAAAAAAGCUCAGGAGAUAGAUAUACGUGGAACAACAGAAAAGGAGUAUAAACAUCUACAAAUUGAAUCUUCACUAAGUAACAAUUCUGGGAUCUCUGAUGAUAAUACGGACAUAUUUUCUAAAAGUAGUACUAAUAAUGAACUCCUUAAUAAUAUUCAUGAACCUAUGAGUAAUGUAACACAGCCACUUGUGGAGGUCACAUUUAAUCUAAAGAAUUUUGAAACCAGUGACACUGAGGAGGAAUCAGAGGAGAGCAACAGAAUUUCCCAGGAUUCAGAGGGUUGGGUGAAAGAAACUUUGGUUAAUGACGGCAAUUCAAGAUGUGAGAAUAUAAGCUGUAAAGAAGUUGGCAGUGAACACUUGCCUCUCUUAACGUCUACUGGGGGCAAACUAUCAGAGACAUUUCCCAUGAAAGAGAUUCUGCCAUCACAGUUUUGUGAUAAAACGUGUGUAGGUUUUGACAGAGGACCUUGGAAAGCUGGAAACACUGGAAAAGAAAUAGAGGAGGAGUGGAGUGACACAUUAAGCAAUUUUGACUCAUCCUUAGAGUGGACUGAUGAUGUAUAUGCAGAAAAUAAUGAAGGCAGUAAUAAAUCUAUUAGUGCUUCAUUCCCAAAUAAAUCUGAAAGUAUAAACACGAAUUUACAUAUUCCUCAUUUUUUAAACAUAGCCACUCAUCAGAAUCCUGAAAAAAACCUAUUUUCAGAACAGGCUCAGCCUCGGCCUUUUAUUAUGGGAAGUGACUUGGACAAAAAUACCAAACAGGUUUUACCAUUUACCUCUAGCAGUGACAACAGUAUCCAGCUAUUAAAUGCCAGUCAGAUUCACUCUGAAGAAUGUAUUGCACUUGAUAAAUCACAUACCCAAGUUUCCAAUUCUUCGUUUUACCCUUUGGGAAAAAAACAUCCUAUUUCCAAAGACACAGAAUCACAUGUUCCUGAAUCUGAAGACUUGGGAAGGACUAGAAGUUUACCCCAGGACCAUAUUGAUGUAGAAACUGCUGGAGAAAGCAAACAAUACUGGAAUAAUCCUAGACAUUCUUCAGAACUUUCCAGAUUAGUAAAUAGCAUUUCCCUAUUAAAAUCAUUGUCUGAACACAGUACGGCUUUGGAAGGCUUGGAAGUAUUGAAAAAGAGGAAUACUGCUUUUAAACAACAAGGAACUCGGCAGACCGAUGAGCCAGAUAGCAAUCCUGAAGCUAGGAAACAAUUGACUGCAGUAGUUUCUCAAGCUAUACCAAAGUCUCCUCAUCUGAACCAGGAUCCUCAACAGAUGAUAAAAGAAAAUGAAGUUGAACCAAGUAAAUCACUUCAGUCUUUGCAGUUCUUUUCCUUGGGCAGUGAAGAAGAGACUGCUUUUCUAGCUGUUAUUCCUAAACAAAUGGAGAGAGAAACCUGUGACCCCAAGUUCCCAGAUGAAGAAAACUUUCCAAAAGGAGGUACUAGCUUUAAUAUUGAAGAGAAUUUUCAAGUGACAGUUGAGUCUAAUAAGGACUCAGUUGAAAAUGAUUCAAUUUUAGAUUUCCCUCCUAAAGAUUCAGAACAUUUAUAUAAUUAUUUGGAUUAUAAUUUUAAAUCAACAGAGAGGACUUCGUGGGAAGCAAAUAAGGUGACGUCACCAGAACAAAAGAUCUCCACAUUAAGCCCUGUUUCUACUUUACCUUUGAACUCAAGAGAUGAAGACUUCAUACUGGAAUUCUCUGAGGAGUCCCUGAAAGCAAGAACUUUACCUGUAAUGAAAAAAUCGAGUUCUCUGGAGGAUAAGAACCUUCAAAGACUUUCAUUAGAAAGUGGAACCCGAGUUCCACUUAUUACUUUGCCACCUGCCAGUGGGCCACCUGAUGUAGAUUCUUGUUCAUAUGUGAUCGACUGUGACAGGCAAGAGUCUUCUGGUUCUCCCAUAUUCAACUUUUGUGAAGAGUCAGAAGUUCCUUCUUUUAGCUUUGGGUCAGAGGACCAGAGUGAAACUUCUAUCUCUAAAGAAUCUAAGGAAGUGACUCCGAGGGACGUUUCACUUUUUGAUAAUAUAUCUACUCAAAGCAAGUGGCUGAAAUAUCAAAACAUACUCCAGUGCAACUUGACUACUCCAAACACAGUUGAUCAGAAAGUAACAGAUGGCUUCUUUGCUGAGGCUAUUUCUGGGACGCAUUUUAGUGACACGGGUGAAGGACAGAGUGGUGCUGUGAAUGAAAGUUCUGUAGACUCUGUGCGUUUGCAAAUCAUGAAACACAUGCUUCAGCAACAGCAGCAGGAUUUUAGCAGUCAAGAUUUGGUUUCCAGAAAGAAAGCGUUUUCUUUGAAUUUAAAGCAGACUUCUAAGACUGAGGAAAUUCAAAAUGUGUUAAGAGAGUAUGCCUGCUACAACUGCAGUGUAACAGAUUUUCAGGAGAUAAAUGACUCCGAGCUAUGCUUCCCAAGUGGGCAGAAAAUAAAAUCUGCAUAUCUUCCCCAAAGGCAAAUUCACAUACCAGCUGUUUUUCAGUCUCCUGCUCAUUAUAAGCAGAUUUUUACAUCUUGUCUCAUAGAACAUUUAAAUAUAUUGCUGUUUGGGUUGGCACAAAGGUUGCACAGAGCUCUUUCAAAAGUUGACAUAUCAUUUUACACAUCAUCAAACAGAGACAAACUGAGAAAUGUAGAAAAUAAUGUGCCAACCUGCCAUCAUCGUCAGCCUGCAAAACUUGUCAUGGUUAAAAAGGAAGGUCCAAAUAAGGGUCGUCUCUUUUAUACCUGCGAUGGACCCAGAGCUGACCGAUGUAAAUUUUUCAAGUGGCUUGAAGAAGUGACCCCAGGAUAUUUAACACAGGAAAAAUCUCUACCUAGCAUGGUUUUAGAUGAUAUAAAAAGUAUUGGCUUGUACUUAAGAAGUCAAAAGAUACCCCUCUAUGAGGAAUGCCAGCUUUUGGUGAGAAAAGGGUUUGAUUUUCAAAGAAAACAGUAUGGUAAACUAAAGAAGUUUACUACUGUAGAUCCUGAAUUUUAUAAUGAACCUAAGAGCAAACUUUAUCUCAAGCUGAGUCGGAAGGAAAGUUCUUCGACUUACAGCAAAAAUGAUCUUUGGGUGGUUUCAAAAACCCUGGACUUUGAAUUGGAUACUUUUAUUGCAUGUAGUACCUUCUUUGGUCCAUCAUCUAUCAAUGAGGUAGAGCUACUACCUUUGAAAGGUUAUUUCCCUUCGAAUUGGCCCACUAACACAGUGGUCCAUGCAUUAUUGGUUUGUAAUGCUAGCACAGAGCUGACCACUUUGAAAAAUAUUCAGGACAACUUUAAUCCAGCUACUCUACCUCUAACACAGUACCUGUUAACAAUGUCUUCAUCAACUACAAUGAGCAACAAGAGAGUCAAUAAGAGAAAAUUUAUCCCACCAGCCUUCUCGAAUAUCAGCACAAAAUUUGAACUACUCAGUAUAGGAGCAACAUUGCAGUUAGCUAGUGAGUUAAUUCAGGCACACAAGUUAAACACGGAUCAAGCGACAGCUCUAAUUCAGAUAGCUCAAAUGAUGGCAUCACAUGAAAGUGGUGAAGAAGUGAAGGAACUGGGAAUUCAUACCCUCCCUAUCACGAUCAUACAUGGUGUUUUUGGAGCAGGAAAGAGUUAUUUGCUGGCAGUGGUGAUUUUGUUUUUUGUGCAGCUAUUUGAAAAGAGUGAAGCUCUUACCGUUGGAAAUGCAAGACCAUGGAAAGUUUUGAUUUCUUCUUCUACUAAUGUAGCUGUUGACAGAGUACUUCUUGGGCUUCUUAGUCUUGGAUUUGAAAAGUUUGUCAGGGUUGGGAGUGUCAGGAAGAUUGCCAAGCCAGUUUUACCUUACAGUUUGCAUGCUGGCUCAGAAAAUGAAAAUGAACAAUUAAAAGAACUACAUGCACUCAUGAAGGAAGACCUGACUCCUGUGGAAAGAGUCUAUGUGAGGAAAAGUAUUGAGCAGCAUAAACUGGGGACCAAUAAAACCUUGCUGAAGCAGGUCCGAGUAGUUGGAGUUACCUGUGCAGCCUGCCCAUUCCCAUGCAUGAAUGAUCUUAAAUUUCCUGUGGCUGUCCUGGAUGAGUGUAGUCAAAUCACAGAACCGGCUUCCCUCCUUCCCAUUGCAAGGUUUGAGUGUGAAAAGCUGAUUCUUGUUGGAGAUCCCAAACAGCUCCCGCCUACUAUUCAGGGUUCUGAUGCAGCUCAUGAAAAUGGAUUGGAACAAACGCUUUUUGAUCGACUAUGCUUAAUGGGUCACAAACCAGUUCUAUUGAGAACCCAGUACCGGUGUCACCCUGCAAUCAGUGCUAUUGCUAAUGAUCUGUUUUAUGAAGGAAACCUCAUGAAUGGUGUUUCAGAAACAGAGAGGAGCCCUUUACUGGAAUGGCUCCCAACCCUGUGUUUCUAUAAUGUUAAAGGACUGGAACAGAUUGAAAGAAAUAACAGCUUUCAUAAUGUGGCAGAAGCUGCUUUCACGCUCAAGCUGAUCCAAUCACUGAUUGCAAGUGGAAUAGUGGGCUCUAUGAUUGGGGUGAUAACAUUAUACAAAUCCCAAAUGUACAAGCUCUGUCAUUUACUCAGUGCUGUGGACUUCGACCAUCCUGAUAUGAAAGCUGUGCAGGUGUCCACAGUAGAUGCUUUUCAGGGAGCUGAAAAGGAGAUCAUUAUUCUGUCCUGCGUAAGGACCAGACAAGUAGGAUUUAUUGAUUCAGAAAAAAGAAUGAAUGUUGCAUUGACCAGAGGAAGGAGGCAUUUGUUGAUUGUAGGAAAUUUAGCCUGUCUGAGGAGAAAUCGACUAUGGGGGCGUGUGAUCCAACACUGUGAAGGGAGGGAAGAUGGAUUGCAACACGCAAGCCAGUAUGAACCACAGCUGAACCAUCUCCUUAAAGAUUAUUUUGAAAAACAAGCAGAAGAAAAACAGAAGAAAGAAAAAGAUAAAUCUAAAGAUAAAUCUUAUUUGCAGAAAGACAUGAUAUAGUUUGUAUUUAUAUAAUUUCAAAUUCAUUUUACACUAUACAUUUGUAUAUUUUUAUUACCCCAAACCCAUUAUUGAAAUAAAAAAGAUAUUUAAACAAAAGUAAAUAAACAUAUGUAAAAUUUUGCUCUUCAGAAAAAGUAUAGUUACUUAUAUUAAGAUAGGCAGAUGUUGAAAGUAAUAUAUAAUCUCACUAAUAAAAAUAAUUUUUUUCUAAAAA